UGCAUGUUGGGUUACUUGACGCAAAACAGGAAAUCAGACAGUAGACAUUACGCGCGUCACGGACGAUACACGUUGUCCAAAGCUGGGAAGUUUUCACGAGAGAUUUGCAGACUUGAAAUUUAACAGCAUUUGAGAAAUGGCAGCGGAGCUUUUUAGGGUGAGAAGUAAGUUUAUUGACAAGGUUUCCGAAGAAGUGAUCAGCCAGCUCCUGGAUGACCUUUUGGAAGACUGUGUCUUGAAUGAUGGGGAAAAUGAUGCAGUACUUAAGAAGAACCAGACUCAGGCAGACAGGGCACGCGCCCUCAUUGAUUCAGUGAGGAAGAAAGGCGAUGUAGCGAGCAGGAAGAUGAUCGCUCGCCUCCAAGCGAGAGAUCCCACACUUUCCUAUGAACUGGGUUUGUCUGCUGGUCAGCCAGCACAGCCAGCCCAGUUAGCCCAGCCAGCACAGCCAGCCCAGUUAGCCCAGCCAGCCCAACCAGCUGCAGAGCCUGGAGAGGAGCAGGGGUGGUCAGAUAAACUCAUACUGACAACUGAGGCCCUCUGGAAGCAGAAACAGAAUGAUAAAGAUGUUUACCCUGCAGGCAAAAGUAACAUUAGAAAUCGUGUGGCCCUGCUGAUCACUAAUAUAAAGUUUAAAGACAAGAGGCUCAACAGAGAAGGAGCUGAGAAAGACGAGGAGAACAUGGAGAGGCUUCUCUCGGCUCUGGGAUAUGAGGUGGUGAGACGCACAGACCUCACUGCAGAGGAGAUUGAUGAGGCUCUGAUUAAAUUCUCUAAACAUCCUAAACUCAAAGAGACAGACAGUGUUGUGGUGGUCCUAAUGUCUCAUGGGAAACUGGGAACUGUCUACGGUGUUAACUGGACAGAAGAGCAACCAGAUGACUUCCCCAUUGACAACAUUAACCAACACUUGGGCUCGGAAGAAUGCCCAGCGCUGCUGGACAAGCCCAAGGUCAUCAUCAUCCAGGCCUGCAGAGGAGGUGAUUCUCAUCUCAUCCUUAAAAACAUCAACAAUAUGGCCAGUGGAGCUGUGAAGGUUUCUAGCGAUAGUGCAACGCAAGCUGUGGGUCUGUCUGAUCUUGACAUACUGGAUGAUGGACUGAAACUUGUGCACAAAGAAAAGGACUUCAUUUCUCUUCUCUCCAGCACUCCUCAUACUAAGUCAUACAGAGACCCAGAUAAGGGGUCUUUCCUCAUCCAGUUCAUUGUCGAGGUAUUCAAGAACUCCGCGAAUAAGGAUGACAUCGAGGUGCUUUUCAGAAAAGUCAUGCAACGCUUUGAAGAUCUCAACAUCCCCUUCAACAGAAGACAGAUGCCAGUCAAAGACAGAUGCACACUGACAAAGCGCUUCUACUUCCAGCCAGAUAAGGAGCUUGCCAGAGUGAGGGGGAGAUUUGUGGAAAAGGUGUCGAAACCCCUUCUGAAACAGCUGCUGGACGACCUUUUAGAGGACGGUUUGCUGAACGAUGGGGAGACAGACUCUGUGCUGGAGGACAACAGCGGCAAAGCAGACAUGGCACGCUGUCUCAUUGACAUGGUGAAGAGGAAAGGAGACAGAGCCAGUACCAGGAUGAUCGGCCACAUUGAGAGGAGGGAUCCUACACUUUUCUCUGAGCUGGGCCUGUCUUUGGGUCCACCAGCAGCUGCAGCCCCUCAGAGGCAGCAAACCUGGUCGGACAAGCUCAUCCUGACGUCUGAUUCAUUCCGGAUGGGCAAACUGAACGAUCCAAAUAUUUACCCCGUGACAGAAAAGGCCAUCAAGAGUCGAGUGGCCCUGUUAAUCAUAAAUAUCAAUUUUGCCAACCGUUCUCUAACGCGAGAGGGAGCUGACAAAGACGAGGAGAACAUGGAGAGACUGCUCAAAACUCUGGGAUACGAGGUGGUGAAAUUUAAGGACCUCACUGGACAGGGGAUUGAUGACGCUCUCCGCAACUUCUCCAAAAACCCGAAACUCAAAGACACAGACAGCGUCUUUGUGGUCAUCAUGUCUCAUGGUAAAAGGGGACUCAUCCUUGGUGUCAAUUAUGACGACAAACAUGCAAAGAAGGAUGAAUUCCCUGUGGACAACAUCUACAAGUACUUGGACUCAAAGACAUGUCCAGCACUGCUGAACAAACCCAAAAUCAUCAUCAUCCAGGCCUGCAGAGGAGAGUCCGGUGGAGCUGUGAAUGUUAUUAGCGACAGUGCAACGCAAGCUGUGGUCAGUGAUGAUCUGCCACCACCUCGUGUGUCUGAUCUUGACAUACUGGAUGAUAGUGUGAAAUGUGUGCACAAAGAAAAGGACUUCAUUUCUCUUCUCUCCAGCACUCCUGAUACUGUGUCAUACAGACACAGAAAUGACGGAUCUUUCCUCAUCCAGUACAUUGUCGAGGUAUUCAACACCUACUCGCACGAGGAUGACAUCGAGGAGCUUUUCAGAAAAGUCAUGCAACGCUUUGAAAAUUUCAGCGCUGAGGACAAAAGACAGAUGCCAACCAAAGACAGAUGCACACUGACAAGGCGCUUCUACCUCCUGCCAGGCCCCUGAGACAAGGCUGAGUUUCUACCUUAACUUUUUAUGAUUGCUUUACGAGACACUCUUUUGAUGGAAAUGGUGUAGCAUUAGCCUCUCUUUAUAAAGCCUGUACAUUGCUGAAGAUGAUUCCUGUCUGCUUCCCAUAAACACAGAGAGAGAGUAUUCUGAUAUAUAUUUGUUUCGGGAAAGCAAUAUAAAGUCUGUUAUGUGUCAGAUUUUUCAUUUAUUCUUGUAUCUGUGUGUUUUGUUGAUCCACGUAACCAGU